AUGGCGGAUUCAAGGGUAUCACACAUCUACAAAUCUCUAAUAACAGAGACUUUCAGUGAAUUCAGGAAUUUCUUCCAAAGAACUGAAUUUCCAGAGAACUUGGAUAACGGAACUGAAUGUCCAGCUUGUUUUACAACUCUGCCAAAAAUAUACAGUUUUGAUGCUGAUUUCCAGCUGGUUCGGAAAGCUUCAUCUGGAAAACAAUGGGAAGAGCCAAAACACUGUAAUAAAUUUUUCUUAGACCAGACUCUUGUAGAUGGGUUUAUUGACAACUAUUAUGAAGACAGAGGAAAGCCUGAUGUGGAGUGUAAUGACUUUCAGGCGGGAAAUAAAUUAAGAUCUAAGAAUAAGAAUAAGAAACUAUCUGAAACAGCUGUAUUUGGUUCCACAUGCAGACAUGAAUUUCCCAAGUAUUUCUUUAGUCUGAAACAUGGUGAAAGACUAGGAUAUUCAGUUUACUUGCUUCGAAAGCUACUAGAGGAAGAAAGAAGUGAUGACAAGGAUCAACUGUAUAUUAUGUAUGACAUUGCAUGCAGUCUUGAAAGUCAUCUCAAGAAACAGAAUGAUCAAUCCAUACUAGAUAAAACUCAGUUUUCAAUUCCGAUCUUUCAUUGUUAUGGCCAUAAAAUGGCAUGUCAGGUUUUGUAUAACCCUAGGAAAAAAAACGGAAUAGGAUUAACAGAUGGUGAAAGCCUUGAAAGACUUUGGUCGUAUUUGGGGAAAUUUUCUAAAAUUACUAAGGAGAUGACACCAGAAAACCGCAUAGAUCUUUUAACUGAUGGAUUAAUUCAUUAUGGACAGAAAAUCAGAGAGAAAUUAGGCCAUAGUCUGGUUGCUAAAAUAGAGAAAGCAAUUGCAUUAGAAAAGUCGAGCAAUGAGGAAUUAGAAGAACUUCUAAAGCCAUUUUUAGGUAUUUCAGAGGAGGUUGUCUUGAGUUGGAUUGAAGACGAAAAGGUCAUGGUUACCUCGUCUCAGAAUGAGUCAGCAUUUACCUUAACGCCGAAGGAACAGUACUCUUUGGAAUUGGAAAAAAUGGAUGAUUUGAGGAAAAGGGUUCCUCUUACAAAACUAGAAGAUGAUCCAACAUACACAAAGUUGAACUCAUCUGUCCAAAAGAUGGAGCGAAAAUUGAAAGAAAAAUGGGAUGUAACAGCUGAUGUGUAUGUAUCAAAUUUGGCUGCAGCCAAGGAGAAAAGUAGAAAUGUGGUAUUGCUGAGAUUGGGAGGAUAUGUUUCAGAAAGACAUUUUCUGCUGGAGUUAGUGAAGAAAUAUGCCAGGGGGCAAAGCAUUGCCAUCAGACUUUGCAGGCAAUUGAAAAAGACUGGCAUCAAAAUUCACAAGUCAAUUAAAGAAUACAAUGACAUCGGAGGUCCAACAACAACCCUUCCAUUGAAUAUUCUAUUCAAUGAGAUCAAAGAUCGCAAUGGGGAUAUUUGGAAGACAGUACAUCUUGAAGAUAGUGGUGAAGUUCCGCAUGAAAUAAAACAACAAGCAAUCAACGCAAGAUCACUGAUUGAGCGAUCUAUUGAGGAGCAAAGUCUGGUAAAACAAGAGAUGAAUUCCACUAUUAAUUGGUAUUUCUUGCAACAUUCAACGUUAUUAGAAGCAUUCCAUAAUACCUUGGGCGGUAAAAGAGCAUGCAUUGUCAAGGAAGGUCUUUACAUUGAAACAAAGUUAUCAUAUUUGGAAAGCUGUUUCAAAUUAUACAUCAACAAUGAAGUUAACAAUCCAAAUGAUUUCUUUGAAAUGAUAGAAAUGAGUGAACACAGCAGGGGUCAGGACUUUGGGAAUUUACAAAGAGAUGGAAAUCACAUUGAAACCAAUUGGAAUUAUAGUGAAGACGAGGAUGAAGAUGAUGAAAAUGAUGACGAUGACGAUGAUGAUGAAGAUGAUGAUGAUUAUGAGGAGGAGGAAUUAGAGGGAGUUAGCAAUGACACAUUAAUUGUUUAAUUUGACAUUUGUUCAUAAAUCUAUUAUUAAGCAAUAUUUGAUAAAAAGUAGAUAUUUUCAAAUGAAAUAUGUUUUAUAAUAGUACUAAAAUCAAUAUUAAGGCAAGUUUGAAAAAAAAUGGAUGUCUUUUUACUUUUUGAGAAAAAACAUCAUUUAGCAUAUGACACUUGAUUUGCAGAACAGGAUGCAACCCUCUGGCACACUGUGAAAAGUCGUAAGGUUGUAAGUCACUGGCGUAGAUGGAAUAAGCUCGUAAACUUGGCCUGCUGCAAAUCAAAUUUUGCUCACAGUUUUUUUAUUGUUAUGAAUUUAUGUCAUUUUAUAAGGUACAUUAUAGAUAUUCUAUGUUUAAAAACUACAUUUGAAUACAUCUAAGUCAAUUUUUUUACCAUAUAAAAGUCAAAAUCUCUUAUACGGUUAGUUUAAGGGGGGGGACCAAUAAUUUUCAAGAUAGCAGUGAAAUUCAUUGUGAAAUGAAACAACAAGUUAUCAUUUCAAAAUCACUGAUUGAAUAAUCUAAAGAGGAGAAAAGUCUUCAUCUAAGUCAGUUUGUGUUUACCUUAUAAAAGUUAAAAUCUCUGAAAGUUUUAAGGGGACCAAUUAUUUUCAAGAUAAUGGUGAAAUUCAUAAUGAAAAAAUAAAAAUAAAUUAUCAAUGCAAAACCACUGAUUGAGGAAAAAAGUCUGUUAAAACAAGAGAUGAAUUCCACUAUUAAUUGGUAUUUCUUGCAACAUUCAAUGUUAUUAGAUGCAUUCCAUAAUAUCUUGGGUGGUAAAAGAGCAUGUAUUGUCAAGGGAGGUUAGUUUUAGGGGGACCCAUAAUUUUCAAGAUAGUUGUGAAAUUCAUAAUGAAAUAAAAAUAAAUUAUCAAUGCAAACUACUGAGUGAGCGAUCUGUUGAGGAAAUUACAUUGAAACAAAGUUAUCAUAUUUGGAAAGCUGUUUCAAAAUAUACAUCAACAGUGAAGUUAACAAUCCAAAUGAUUUCUUUGAAAUGAUAGAAAUGAGUGAAAAUCUCUGAUAAGGUUAGUUUUAGGGGGACCCAUAAUUUUUAAGAUAGUGGUGAAAUUCAUUAUGAAAAAAUAAAAAAAAAUAUCACAUUUAGAAAGGUGUUUCAAAUUAUACAUUCAUCAUUGACAGUGAAAAUAACACUCCAAAUGUUUUCUUCGAAAUGAUAGAAAUGAGUUAAACAUUUAAAGUGUGUUUUUUGGGAUGUUUUUCAGACUUUACAUGUAGUAUUUUGGGUAAAUUCUACGAAAGAUUGACAAAUUUGAAAAUAUGUAAAAAAAAUUGCUAGCAUAUUGAGAUCUAUUCGCUAAUAUAAGAAAUUUUGUGUAGUCUGCAGAAAUGAGUUUUUAUGUUUUCUUUGAAUGUAAAUGAUGUUAUUUAUUGUAAUACUAUAAUACUGAUUGGACUGUUAUAUUUAUGAAGCUGUAAUUAAU